UGAAAAGAAAAAAUCUUUGAAAGGAAUAGAGUACGGAAGAAGGAAGGUAGUAAACAAAUUGCUUUUCUAUUUCUUCUUCAUCGACAGAGCAAACCCUAGGCAGAGAGAAAUUUCUGCAACACACGCUCGCGCGUUCACCUCAAACACCAAAGCAAACCCUAGAUUGACAGCGAAACCCCAUGGGAACACCAGAGACGUCUCGGGAACCGUGCCCCGAUCGCAUCCUCGACGACAUCGGCGGCGCGUUUGGCAUGGGGGCGGUGGGUGGCUCCGCCUUCCAUUUUCUCAAGGGUCUCUACAACUCUCCCAAGGGCGAUCGCUUCGUCGGCGCCACCCAAGCCGUUCGCCUCAACGCCCCCCGCGUCGGCGGAAGCUUUGCCGUCUGGGGAGGCCUCUUCUCCGCCUUCGACUGCACCAUGGUCUACGCGCGCCAGAAGGAGGAUCCUUGGAACUCCAUCGUUGCUGGGGCCGCCACCGGAGGUUUUCUCUCCAUGCGCCAGGGCUUCGCCGCCUCCGCUCGUUCCGCCGCCUUCGGUGGCGUCCUCCUCGCUCUCAUAGAAGGCGCCGGUAUCAUGCUCAACAAGUUCCUCAGCGCGCAGCAGCCUAUACCCAUCAUGAUAGACGAGCCACCGCCACCACCACCAUCGACGCAGGAGGCAGCGGCGGCGCCAGGGUGGAUCGGUGGGUGGUUCGGUGGAGGGAAGAAAGACGAGACUUCCACCGGUUCUGGAAGUGAAACGAAGAUUCUUGAGAGUUUUGAUGCACCCCCUGUUCCCAAUUUUGAGUAUAAGUAAUUAUCUAGGUUUGGUCUUUAGGGACAUAUGAUUUGAGUUGAGAACUUUGAUUUUGUUAUUGAAGCUCACUUGAUGAUUGUUUAUCAUACAAUGAUUUUGUCACUUGUUUUCCCUUUUUUUUUGUCAGAAUAACAUGUUAUGUAAGUGUAGCGGUAGGCUUUCAUCAUAUUUAUCUAUGUAUUAUUUUUUA